UGCUCUGCUGGAGAGCCUUACUUUAGUACCACAUGGCACGACUGACUACAUGAGAGACUCAGAUGUGUUAUGAAGGAACAGAUAAAGCAUUGAUUUGUAGUGUUAGUGGAGAAAUACAGAAUUAAUAAUGUCGCAGUUACAAGCGAGGUUCUUCACGGAGAACAAAAGGUAUGUUGUAGAUGAUGUCCCUUUCUCAAUCCCUGCUGGAGCUGAAGUGCUGGACCUCAGCAAUGUCAUCAACAAACUACUGGAGGCUAAAAAUGCAUCUCACAGCAAAGUGGAGUUUGAUUUCCUGGUCAGGGGUCAGUUCCUGCGAACGUCGCUCUCCACUCACAUGGAGACAGAAGGCAUAUCAACGGAAGACGUGGUGGAGAUAGAGUACGUAGAGAGGAUCACGGCUCCAGAGCCUGAGGAGUGUAUGAUGCACGAUGACUGGAUUAGCUCCGUAGAUGCCGAUGCUGAAUGGAUCCUAACAGGGUCAUAUGACAAGACGGCCAGGAUCUGGUCAGUGGAGGGCAAGGCGGUGAUGACGGUGGCCGGACACACAGAUGUGGUCAAAGACGUAGCCUGGGUGAAAAGAGACGGUCUGACCUCUCUGCUCCUGACGGCCUCUCUGGACCAAACCGUCCUCCUGUGGGAGUGGAACUCGGAGAGGAACAAGGUGAAAGCCAGACACUGCUGUCGGGGACACACGGGGAGCGUCGACACCGUUGCCACAGACCCCACCGGCUCAAAGUUCUGCAGUGGCUCCUGGGACAAAAUGUUGAAGAUCUGGUCAGCAGUGCCCACAGAUGAGGCGGACGAGGUCGAGGAGCCAGCUGACAGGCCGAGGAAGAAACAGAAGACUCAACAGCUCGGCCUCACCAGAACUCCCCUGAUGACGUUAUCCGGACACAACGAGGCAGUGUCGUCUGUCCUGUGGUGCGACAGCGAGGAACUUUGCAGUGCAUCAUGGGACCACACCAUCCGCGUGUGGGACGUCGAGACGGGAGGAAUGAAGACUACGCUGACGGGCAGUAAAGUGUUUAACUGUAUUUCCUACUCACCUCUGUGUCGACGGCUGGCCUCAGGCAGCACAGACAGACACAUCAGACUGUGGGACCCUCGCACCAAAGACGGGUCGCUGGUGCUGCUGUCUCUGACCUCCCACACUGGCUGGGUCACCGCCGUCAAGUGGGCGCCGUCACAUGAGCACCAGCUGGUCUCCGGUUCCCUUGACAACCUGGUCAAACUGUGGGACACCAGAAGCUGUAAGGCUCCUCUGUAUGACCUGGCGGCCCACGAGGACAAAGUGUUUUGUGUGGACUGGACAGAAAGUGGGCUGAUGCUGAGCGGAGGUGCAGAUAACAAGCUGUACACCUACAGAUACUCAGCCUGUCAGACAGAUGCGGGGGCGUAGGCUCCACAUUCGGACUGCAGAGAUCCACCUCGUCAAUCACUGCACUACGGACAGACCUACCGUAUAUUACACACAAUAUCAGUGUUGUGUCAGGCAGACGAAAGCAGCAGUGGUUUUGACUUCUCUACUGUACAAAACAUUGCUGGCUUUGUUUGUUGCUGUUCUGGUUAUUUUUAGACCCGCUUUCAUUUUUAUGCAUUUUUCUUAUGGAUUGUCUUUUGUUUCCCUGUAACCCCAAGAAAACUAUAAAUUAAUUUUGUCACCUAAAA